AGAUCAUGGGAGAGUCCACCACGCUUGGAGAAAGUAGGUUAGCAGGGUAGAGGAAAGCAGGCGGAGAAUCAGAGCGCAGAGGGGGGGUCCGAUCACCGGUCGUCCACUGUGACCGUGGGACUAUUAUGUCAGAAAAGUUUAGCUAAAUAUCUACGCCGAUGUACCAAGAGGUUACGAUGCAAUCCGUAGCGACUUUCUGCACUCUUUUAUUUCGCACGGACUUGACCGAGCGAUAGGGGAGAGGAGUUUCGGGUAGUUUUUUUCCCCAGUAUUCUUUUGGUCGUGCUUUACGAAGGCUGUCUGCAGCCGGGGCGAAGUUAAUUUACGAAGCCAUUUCACUCUGGCUCUAGCGGCUUAAUCUGCUCGACCGUGUCGCCUACAUUAACCACAUGUAGUCGGGUUUUUAAACCGUUCUGCCAAGAGAAAGAAAAACAUCAAAAUGAGAGCUCAGAUCGAGGUCAUCCCCUGUAAGAUAUGUGGGGACAAGUCCUCAGGAAUCCACUAUGGUGUCAUCACCUGCGAAGGCUGCAAGGGUUUUUUCCGUCGCAGCCAGCAGAACAAUGCCAUGUACUCUUGUUCCCGCCAGAGGAACUGCCUGAUCGACCGAACUAACCGUAACCGCUGCCAGCACUGCCGCCUGCAGAAGUGUCUGGCCUUAGGCAUGAGCAGAGAUGCUGUGAAGUUUGGUCGUAUGUCCAAGAAGCAGCGUGACAGUCUCUACGCUGAGGUGCAGAAACACCAGAAGGCCCAGGAGGCUUUGGGCACUGCAGGCGGUGGUGCUACAGCUCUGUCCUUACACAAAGAGGACGGUGUCUGUGGCAGGGAGGGGGGCAAGGAGAGUCUGAGCCGGUCCUACAGCAGCGGGGGCUCCAGCUCCACCCUCAGCGACCUGGACGACAUCGCAACGCUGCCGGACCUGUUCGACCUGCCGCUGACCCCCGAGGAGGCCAGCGACUACUGCAGCAUGGAACUGAUUGGCGGUGGAGCCAGCGCGGGGAACACCUCUGCCUCAUCUUCCUCUUCCUCCUCCCCAUCCUUGUCCAAUCAGAAUUCCCCGCAGCAGACUAUGCUGGACGGGGCCGACAGCAACGGGAUCCAGAUUCUGCAUCCUCACACACAUGCACUGCUGGACCAUCUGCCUAAUGACUGCUCAAUAACAGAACUCGGUAAGUACUGA